AUGCUGCUCCGGCAGCUGCUGGGGCUGCUCCGCUACUGCUGGCCCUCCCUGCUGCUGCACUGUGCCCUCCACCCGCUCUGGGGGUCCCUCCAGAUCACUCAGGGUGAGCCCCAGAAGUCAUGUUCCAAGCCUGUAGCAGAGAAAUUUACAGAGAGCUGCCAGGAAAUUUGCCAGUGCAGGCCACCUCCACUGUUACCACCACCUCCUCCACCUCCGCCGCCCCCGAGGUUGCUAGCGGUGCCAACUCCCAAGUCUACCUUUUGUCCCACUGAAGAGACCUGGUGGCCAGGCCUGGUUAUUAUCAUUGCAGUAUGCUGCGCCACACUAGUGUUCCUCUUUGUAGUUGUCAUCAUUUGCUACAAAGCCAUAAAAAGGAAACCAAUGAGAAAAGAAGAGAACGGAACCAGUCGGUCCGAAUAUGCAAUGACCUCCUCCCAGAACAACAAAACAGUUGAUAACAAUGCGGUUGUAUAAUCCCCGAGACCCCGCCAAGGCGCAGGAGGUGGUAAACUCUCAAAGCACACACACGGAGUAUGCAAGGUGGGUGAAAUGAGGCAACCAAGGGAGCUCGGUGGCCAAGGACUUCAUUUCAGAAACAGCGCACGCAUCAGUGAUCCAGAAGAGAAAAUCAGGCUGCUCUCCAGGCUUGCUGCUGCUCCAAGGGAGGAUAAACUCACCCACCUGGGCUGCCCAGAGAAAAGGCCUCACACAGGCAUAAGCAUUGCAUGCUGCAUCCCAUGAAAGCGAUGUUGCGAUGCCUCCCGCUUCUUCCUCUCUUCCUCUACUUUUACGUUUAAAUUAAGUGUCCACAAAAAAGCUUCUGAAGUAGGAUCUUUUGAGGAGAGGGUGAUCUGCCAGAGUGGCAGUAGUUUAUCACAGAUGGGUCAGAGGGAGGUGUCUCCCUUUAAAUGGGAGGAGACUGCCCUCUAAAUGGUGAGAGGUGUUGCCUAUGUGCUUCGCCAGCCCGUGCGGUUUCAUACGAUGAUGCUGCAUUCUUUUUAUUCUUACUAUUUUGUUAUUAAAAUGGGAACAAAGGUUUCUGUUAAGCAAUCAAGCAAAAUUGGCCUGAACUUGUGACUUAUCCCAGGAAAUUUAUCUGUGGUCUGGUGACUAUGCAGUUUUCAUGGCUGAAGGUUUUCAGGCAGAAGAAAUAAAAAUGUAAGAUUCUAGCAAUUAACAUUGCUAUUGAAAGAGAUGUUAUCAAGAUGUGCUUUAAAGAUUACUACUUCAUAAUCAGCCUCCUUUUUUGCACCACACUUUUAUUUUAUCUUUAAAAAUGUUCCUUUGUGAGAUUCCAUGUUUCUCUGUGUUUGCAUCUCACUGAUUCCCCAGGGAAACUCCUACAGAAAAGAUACUGUUUACAUCUUGGUGUGAGUGUUUGGGCAGGAUCGUGUUGAAAGGACUAGCAGCCCUUUGAAAUUCUCUUCGUUCACUGGUUAGUGUUAUUGCCUGAAAGUGGUGAGUCUCCUGAGCUGAUGCACUGAGGACAUUGCAGGUCUGGCUUGUAGGACCACUUUCAGGGGUCUGGUAGCUGGUUGUGCCCACAUUACCUCAGUCUCUGCCUCUCCUGAGCUGAGACUGACAGUGGUGCCGAGUUCAGCAUACAGUUCAGUAUACUUUCCAUGACAUGGAUUGCAGAAAGAUAAAGCAAAAGAUAAAGCAAAGCUGAAUUUACCCAAAUUCAUUUCACGUAGGAUCUCAGGUCAGACUCAGUAAGUAGCCCUUAGGAUAGAGGUGAUGAGACUAGUUGAGAUGCUGGUCUUUCCCUACCUCCUGAAAACUUUCCUUUGUGUCACAUCUCCACAUGUAUAUCUCCAUUUACCUCUGUGCUGAAAGUAGUGAUGCAGUCAAAGACAAAUUUGCACCCUGGCUUCUGGUCUGGACAUAAAGCUUUGGUACCACUCUGUCUCCAAGUUUGUGGGUAACUCCCAGGCACUGAGCAGUCUCGCUUUGGGACCUGGCUGCCCCCCAGCCGUGUUGUCCCUCAGUACUGCAACACAACAAUACUUUCAGUUUUAUAUAAGGACGUGCCUGAACUGCAGAAAUCAGACCUUGAUUUUGAGCCCAUUCCGGCCUGUGGGUAAUCUGUUCCUGGGAUGCAGAGUUUGGUGUGAUGGUAGAGGAAGACGUUCUGCAGAUCUUCCCAAAAAAAAGCUCUGGAAUGUUCAAAUCAGCAGUCUCAGCUCAGGCCCAUCUGCAGUCUUCUAUUACCUAUCAAACAAUAGGGUGUAUGUAAAUAUAAGUACCUUUUCAAUUAUAAAAUGAAAUGCUGCUAUAUAUUGCUCUUGAGAAAUUUAUGUAGUUAUUCAUUUAGCUUUUUAGUCUGCCAUCACUGUGUAGAAGUUUAACUGAAUAAAAUUAUUUUUUAAAGCUAGACUUUCUUGGGAAGUGAAUGCAAUUGCAAAAGUGAAAGGAGGCAAGUAACCCUUUUCCCAUGAGUAUGAUCAUUCCUAGCCACAUUAAUGUUGUGUGUUGCACAAGACACAGUGAUAUAUUCUUAGAUCCAAAGUGGGAUUAAAAUGACAGAAUUUACAAUUUGAGUAUAGUAUCCCAAAUGUUGAUUGCCUAAAGCACUUAGCCCACAAAAUACUAUAAUAAAAAUACUACAAGUAUAUUUCUAGAAUAUUUUUAAGCUAUAACAUUUAUUUUGGUGUAGUUACCUAUGUUUGCCUUUCUUUUUUUACUCCAGUUGUUUCAGCCUAAAUGUGGAAACGUGGCAUAGUUUGAGACUGGUUGCAUGUUUAUCUGAAAGUAUAAAGUAUGAAUGCAGAAAAGUUUAGCAUAAUAUGGGCUCAGGAUUAGCACUUUUUCCUAAAGUUUGUCAAUUUUAUUUGUUUCCUAUUACAGCUUUAAAGGCAUGUUCUGUAAAGUCAAAAUUGCAAAAGGGAUUUGUAGGUCAUUAUGUCCAUCAAAAUAUCUGUUUUUGCAAAAAAAGAGUAAAAAGAGAUGGUCACCAAACACUGUCUGAUUUUCAGUAAUAUCAGUGGUAAAAUGUCCUCACUAGAGAAGAUCCUGGUGCAUGACACAACCACAAGCAAACCCUGCCCAUGGCCCAUGAAGAGAGAACAUAAAGUUUAUGUUCUUCAGGAGAACAUAAACUUUAAAAACUUCAUGGAGAGAGGAGAGGCAGGACAUUGGAAGACACAGCACAUGCCACCUAGGAUCCAUUUCCAACUCCGCCACUGAUCUGCUGUUUACUAGCAAGUCAUUUUGCCUCUCUGUGCCUCAGUUUACCCAUCUGCAUAAUCAAGGUAAAGUAGGUACCAGCUCUGUGGCAGUAUUUUGAGAGGAAUACAUGCAGCUUAUUUGCUAGGUGAUAUACAUGAUCAUUACAUGCAACAUGCUGAUAAAUGUAUCAGGCACACAAUUGCCAUAAUAGUUCUUGAGCAAACAUUCCUCAUGUGAUUUUAUAACGUGUUAGCCACAGAAAGGCAGCUGCAGACAGGCUGAGAGCUGCUCUUCCGAUUGCCCAGACCCUUUGCUCUCAGCCCUCACAUCACAGUGUGUCAGGGAGAGGUGGGAAAUCUUGCAUGGGGUAGUUUUGCCUUUAGAUUCCUGCCCAAGUACAGUUGACUACAUUGUACCAAAGUGAUCUUGGGAAAGACGCUUGGAAAAGUAUGCUGGAAUCAGAUGUAAGUCUUCAGAAAAGGGAGGCUAGACAGGGCAUGUCACUGAUGAGUGAUUUCUGAGGCUGCUGUUGGGGUUUAAGGUUGUGUUUAACACUCUACAGACCUCUCACAAAGGUUAUGUAAGAGAGGCUUCUGUGCUUCCUUAUUGUACUAUAAUUAAAUACAAAGGGAAAGGAAUAGGCCACAUACAUAAGCGUUUCACAAAGCAGUGAUCCUGGAUCUGGGGAACUGGCAACCCAGCUCUUGCAACUGCAGCAUUUACAAACAUUUUGGGUUCCUUUUUAGCCACUAAAAUAUCAGGGGUAGAAAGGACCUGCCUAGUUCCAUUCACAAAAUAGAUCCCCAGCAGGCAUGAAGGUGGCCCGUUUCUACACAGAAGGUACUUGCUGUGCUCUGACCACCACCAGACAAACUCAGCAAACUGCUGCCCUCAGUCUGAGGGAGAGCAGCAGCUCCAAAUCUCUUCUCAAGGAUCACCACUAGCAGGGAAUGCAGCUUAAGGGCCUGAGCUGCAAAGUGUUGAGUUUCCUCAUUCCUCACAAGACAGGAAAGUGGAGCUGAAGCCCCAGCCCUGCUGCCCUUCCUGUCCCACACCUGACACAGCGGUGUGCCCAGGGAAGCAUUUCUACCUUGGACAGAUGCUGCAAAAACAGACAUGGAAAGAAAGGGGAAAGUUCUAAGUAUAGAAUAUAAAUAUACUGAUAUAUAUCUAUACAGAGACCUAAUUGUCCAGUCUUGCAUGCCAUGUGGUCACAGCACGUGGAGAAAGUAUGGGCGCCCUGCUCCAACCAGGUCAUGACCAUAGAAGCUGACAAGCAAUGGAGAAUCAGGCCUAUGGUAGAUAUGUAUUUACAAUACUUCCUGCACCUGUACAAACAAAAAUAUAUUAUUUUAAACUGCAAAAUAGUGUGUUUAAAUCAAUGCAUGAAUGUAAAUAUUCUAAGAUCUGCCUUCUUGACUGUGUACCACAUGUACAGAUGAAAACGAAUAUUGUUUAUAGAAAAUCUGUAUCAGUGGUUAAAUGACUAAAGAGAAAAAAAAUAUCAGAGUUAAUGUUGUCAUGUUUCUCAAACAAGCCAUUAAUGUAUAUUUAGUAUUUAAGGAUAUUGCUCAAUAAGUAUGUUCUGUACCAAAAACUGUGUUGCAUAUACAGAUUGUGCAGUACCCUAUUUUAAAAAGGCACCAUAAUUAAUUUUUAUUUUAAAUAAAAAUGUACUUGUAAAAA